AUGUCCUCUACGAAUUCCAAUGAUCCCACUUCUUCUCUCAGUGGACUUGUUUCUUCCCUCCCAGACUUUUGGCAACAUGCGCCAGAGCUUUAUUUUUUCCGUAUUGAGGCGACUUUUCACUCCGCCAAGAUAACACGUGAAACCGACAAGUUUUAUAAGCUGGUCGAGGCCCUCCCUCCCACCAUUCAUUCUCAAGUGCAAACGCUUCUGAGAGAUCCCCCGACUGAUGCUCCUUACACCAAGUUAAAGGCUGAACUUCUUCGCCUGACAUCAGUCUCCGAUCGGCAGCGUUAUCAAGCACUAGUAAAAGAGGAGGCCUUAGGUGAUCGCAAGCCGUCGGAAUUCUUGCGUCGCAUGCGUUCUCUGGUUGGGAACAUGAAAAUCGACGACAAGUUCUUUAAAGAUUUGUUCUUAGAACGUCUGCCGAUGUCUGUACAAACAAUCUUGGCCUCUGGCUCCGACGACCUAGAAAUAUCAAAGUUAGCGGAGAUGGCUGACCGUAUGAUGGAGGUUGAGCGUUUGUCAUCCCCGACGAUUGCUCAGGUGUCCCAGCCUCUCAACGUGUCCACCUCUGACCUUGCUGAACUAAAGACGCAGAUUGCCCAGUUGUCAGCGACUGUUGCCGCUUUGCAGCUGCGCCGAUCCCCCGGUCCCUCUCGACGUCCCUUCGGUCGUGACCGUCGUCGUUCCCGCUCUCGCCCCAGGACCGCCAACCUAUGUUGGUAUCAUGUCAACUAUGGCGAUAAGGCGCAGCGGUGUGUCCCACCCUGCUCCUUCAAGUCCACGCAGGGAAACUCCUCGGCCGGAGAGUAAACGCGGCCGAGCUCUCUGGCAGCUCUACGGGUCGCACAUUUUACGUGAGUGAUAACACGAGUGGCAGGCAUUUUUUAGUCGACACUGGCGCUCAGAUUAGUGUUAUCUCUCCCACGCCAGCCGACCGACGUUGCCCAAACCAUGGUCUUUACCUUCAGGCCGUAAACUCAUCCCCCAUUACAACCUUUGGAUUUCGAUCCCUCUCCCUGGAUAUUGGCCUCCGGCGAUUAUUCCCCUGGAUAUUUGUGGUUGCUGAUGUUCCCACUGCUAUCCUUGGUGCUGAUUUUUUGGCCGCCUUUGACCUUCUGGUGGAUUGCAUACAACUUUGCCUCCAUGAUCGCGCAACUACCCUCACUGUCAAAGGAUUUCCUCCAUCCUCAGUUUCUAACCAGCUCUCCGUCCUUGACCCAAACCCCGACUGUCCAUUUCGUAGACUUUUAGCAAAAUAUCCUACCCUCACUAAGCCCCAUUUUUCUGACACCUAAUUUCCCCAUGAUAUUGUUCAUCACAUAAAAACGACUGGUCCUCCCGUUUUUUCUCGUCCCCGCCGUCUUGCUCCCGCGCGUCUUGCGGCUGCUAAAGCAGAAUUUGACCACAUGCUGCAACUAGGGAUUAUUCGACAGUCUGACAGUCCCUGGGCAUCUCCUUUGCACAUGGUUCCUAAACCAAAUACGGAUGAUUGGCGUCCUUGUGGCGAUUAUAGAGCCCUAAACAAUAUCACUAUGCCCGAUCGGUACCCCGUUCCUCAUCUUCAGGACUUUGCUGGAGCCCUUUUCGGCAAAACCAUUUUCUCAAAGAUCGAUUUGGUGCGGGCUUUUCAUCAAAUUCCGAUUGCGGCUGAGGACAUUCCCAAAACGGCAGUGACGACUCCUUUUGGCUUGUUUGAGUUCCUUCGUAUGCCAUUUGGUCUCCGAAAUGCCUCACAAACUUUCCAACGUUCAUUGACCGUGUUUUACGCGGCCUUCCAUUUGUUUAUGCGUAUAUUGAUGAUGUUCUCAUCGCCAGUCGAGAUGAUGAGGAACAUCUCCAUCACCUUACCCUGCUUUUCGACCGAUUUCAGCAGUUUGGUGUCACCCUGCAUCCUUCCAAAUGUGUCCUAGGAGCCACUUCUCUUGAGUUCUUAGGUCAUCUGAUAGACUCAAACGGUAUUCGGCCUCUUCCCUCAAAAGUUGCCGCCAUUCGGGACUUUCCACCCCCUACCUCGAAGCGUCAGUUGCAACGGUUUCUUGGUAUGGUGAACUUUUAUCGCCGGUUUCUCCCGAACUGUGCCGAUACCAUCCUACCUCUGACCAAUCUCCUCUCAGGUCCCAAACGCACCUUUGAACUUACAUCAGCCGCACUCACGUCAUUUGAGCAGGUAAGAGACCUUCUGGCUGACGCCACCCUCCUGACUUACUUUCACGCUGAUGCACCCAUAUCUUUGAUGGUCGAUGCCUCCAAUGUUGCUGUUGGCGCGGUCCUUCAACAAAGUCUGCCGGAUUCUACCGUGCCUUUGGCUUUCUUCUCCAAGAAACUAUCCAAAGCAGAAACCCGCUACAGCACAUUCGGACGUGAACUUCUCGCCGCUUAUCUUGCCGUAAGGCACUUCCGGCAUUUACUCGAAGGUCGAGAGUUCACAAUUUUCACUGAUCAUAAGCCACUCACGUUUGCAAUACAUUCCCAUUCUGACAAGCUAAGCCCCGGGAGAUCCGUCACCUGGACUACAUUUCGCAGUUCACUUCAGACAUCCGCCAUAUUGACGGGUCAAGGAAUGAGGUGGCUGACGCACUGUCCAGGCCCUCUAUUGCUCAUCUUCAGCUUUCACCCGGGAUAGACCUCGCUGAGAUGGCCGCUGAACAACGCCGUGUCGGUCCACCCUGUGAUGAGGAUGUUUCCGGACUCCAACUCCAGGAACUACUACUGACGACUGGCAAUGGCACCAUUUUAUGCGACGUAUCCACCCCUUCCCAUCGUCCAUUUGUGCCGCCAUCCCUCCGCCGUAAAGUUUUCUCCUCCCUGCACAAUCUGUCUCACCCCGGGAGUCGAGCAACCGACAAGCUGUUUUCCGACCGCUUCGUCUGGCCUGGUAUGCACAAGGACCUGAAGGCAUGGACACGGGCUUGCAUUGCCUGUAAACGGAGCAAGAUCCAGCGGCACAACAAGGCCCCCAUUUGGUACCUUCCCCGGCCCUGGUGCAAGGUUCAGCCACGUUCACCUGGACAUUGUAGGCCCCCUGCCUCUGUCCAAUGGUUGUUCCUAUCUCCUCACCUGUGUGGAUCGGUUCACUCGGUGGCCUGAAGCAAUUCCCCUGCCUGGCAUUGCUGCUCCAACGGUGGUCAAGGCUUUUCUCCUUUUUAGGCUGUACCCGCAUCCGGACGACAGCCUAUCACCCGGCUGCUAACGGGACGGUCCAGCGGUUUCACCGCCAGCUGAAGGCCUCCCUACGCGCCGCGGCCGAUCCGGAGAACUGGACGGAUCACCUUCCCCUGGUCCUCUUGGGCAUCCGCUCCGCUCUCAAGCCGGACCUUGACUGUUCCACAGCUGAACUGGUGUUCGGCUCCACCGUCCGACUCCCCGGUGAGAUGAUCUCGCCAACCCCUCAAGGUGCAGUUGAGGAUCCUACAAACCUCCUGCAUCGUCUCCGGCAGUUUAUGCGGACACUUUCUCCGGUUCCUCCCAGGUCCUCCGCCUCUCCGUCUUAUCUCGAGAAGGACUUGGCAACGUGCUCUCACGUCUAUCUCCGAUGUGAUCGAGUCCGCCGGCCUCUGGAACCGCCCUAUGACGGCCCAUUUCGGGUGCUCUCUCGCGGGCCGAAGACUUUCCGCAUUCAGCGCGACAAUCGUGAAGAGGUCGUGAGUGUGGACUGCCUCAAGGCUGCCGUCCCUGACACUCCUCCGGAUGAGCCCUGUGGUCCUCAACCUUCUGCUUCCCCCCACGGAGCCUCUAUUCCACCGUCCCGUAUUUUCCCCCUGCCCUCCUGUCCGCCAUCUCCGACUGCCACCACCAACUCCAACACAUCCGCCACCAGAUUUAUUCACUCUUCUACGGACCCUGUAUAUAUCACUCAUAGUGGUCGUCAUGUACACUUUCCUGAUCGGUUGGUCACGCAUUUCUUUUAGACCUGUACACAUCCUUCGGCGUCGUUUUCGCCGGCCUCCGGUCUCGGAGGGGGGUACUGUGCCGAGGCGCCAGACUAUCUUGCCUUUCCCUACCUGUUCCUCAUUCUUGAACUCACUGAUUGUUUAACUGAAUGGAAUGAACACAACUCGACGCGACGCGCUUGGCAUGAGUGGGAUUGUCAGGUCGUUUGACUUUUGAUUAUUAAUUCUUCCACAACUCUGGUCUUAUCCUGAUUUUUAUAGUCUGGGAUUGACGGUUCUGUCUUUAACGCUCGCGACAAGUUUGAAGAUUUGAUGCAAUAACAUCAAGUGCUCAGUCCAACCGCAAACAAAAUGUAGUUAUAAAAGUAUUCUCAGAGGCAACGUCAACAACACCAAGAGACAAAGUUAAACGAGAUGCAGGUUUUUUUGAGGGUGUGUUAGAACUUUCCUAAGGGACGGCAAGUCAUUUAACAUUCGCAAGGAAUAGAGGAGACUCAGACAGCAUCCGGUUUAGAUUCACAGACACGACCCUUAACAUAAUUCUGGUAACCAAAGUUCAGACUUAGCUCCUUCUACGGAGAAAAUCUUCCCGGCGAGGCAUGUAUACUGAAAAUUUUUCAACCGGAUUGCAAAACAAAAGAAAUAAUUUAGAUAAGGCAGCUGAUAACGGAAUCGGGGGAGGGGGGGCAGAGGCGUAAUAACGAAACAGACCUCAAAAGUCGAACGAGAACUCUUUCGACUGCAGGGAGUCAUUCUGACAGUCUAACCGCUAUAAGGAUUUCCAAUUUAGGGGCUAAUAUGAGUACCAGUGGUUGGUGUAAAGAGUCUCAACAACAACCUAGGUGAGUUCAAAUCUUGCAUAAUUUCAUUAGCGAAAACCUGGUUGACUGAAGAAAUAAGCAGCAGCGAAGUCGGUGCUGGGGGUUAUCAAAAGCUCCAUUGUGGCGUAUUUAGACGCAAAGGCUCAGACAUUGCAAUUUAUGUAUCCAAUGAAGUUCCCUGCUCUCGGAAGGAAGUAUCCGGCGUUGUUGUUUAAAAAAUUGUGAAAUAAUUUCGUGUAAAUUAGGGGAGGACGAAUGCCGACUCUCAGCCUACGUGUUGUCCGUGGGCCUUCCCGCUGGAACAAAAGCCCGGAAGUGGAAAUACUGAGUUAAUUGCGACUGAUAUGCAUGCUGAAGAACUUCUUACUCCUGUCAGAUGUUAACGCCUAUAGAAUGGGCUGGAAAGUAUUCGUAGUAGACGUCCCCAAACAAAUUAUCCGACUACAUGCUAUUGCAGUUUCCCCUGGAGGAAUACCUCAUGCGGCUCGAUACACGGCUCAGAGAUGAACAGCGAUCUACCUAUUUUGGUCUUGUUUUCAAUAAGGAAGAAGUCAUAAUCCAAGUAGGCUAACAAGCUCCACUUGGCUUGAGUGAGUAUAUUGCUUUUACUUACGCGUUUUGCCCCCUACCUUCUCCACAACCGCAUACCAAGAGGCAUGUACUCAUUUCCGUUGGCCAGUAUGACGACUAACGCAUAAACAUUGGACAGGGAUUGUGAGAGAAGAACUUGCAUUUUGAAGAUCUAACAUAAUUUUCCAAAGGUAAGAAGCAACGUUAGGAAUGUUCUAAACAAAUACAGCUUGCUAGAACUUCCCUCAUGCACCGACUGACAUCAGAGGCCGUUACAUGCCCCUAGCAUGUACAUCUGCAGCAGGAGGCUGUACGAGUAUAAGAUUAUGGAUUUAAGGCUAGCAUCAGAAACGUAUUUUCUGAAGGGCCAUGGAAAGUCCAAUUACUGUCUCAGUUCGUUUAGUUCGUGUUUACUGUGAAAUCCUCUAAAGACGAUCCGGAGUUUGAAACGGGCCAAGAUAGUGUCGCCACUGAAAGCGAAGAACAAAGUCCGGGUCGUCAGUCAUACUAAGCUAGACAAGUCUCUCGGAUGCGAUGGGGCUCCUAGGCUGAUACUCAGGGAAUUAUCGGCAGAUUUGGCAAUGCCAAACGGGGAGCCUGCAUUCGCAGUGGAAGACAAGUGAUACAGCAGUUCGAACAACGAGAUACAGUGCUCAUCAGUUAGCUGGUAGGUCUUCAGCGCUCUAGGUGGUGUGUCAUUUGGGUGUUUCACAAUUAAUAGCACUGCCUGACUCCUAAAUGCAAUUCGGCAACUUAGGAAAUAUCCGAAUAUAUUGUUUAAUUUACCCUUCCAAUGCUUGGUCAAGGGCUUGUGAGAAAGCGUUCAUAAAGUCACUCAGCUUGACUGUGAGUGCGCAGUCCCGCGCAUAUUAUCUCCACAUUCGUCCGUUUAUAGCCGCGAUCACCGGCUUAAAACACCAACGUGCGCAAAGACAGUAGAAUUCAAUGACUUCCUGACGCAAAGAAACGGGAAAAGAUUUUCUUUGCCAAAAGUUAGCAACGGUCUGUUAGGUACGAAAUACUAAAUAUGCGGUUUUGGGUUUCAGAAAAACAGUGUUAUCUCAACUGACGUCUGAUAAACAUUAAACGAGGUUCGCAGUACUCAAUCCCUUCGAUUUCUCCGUCGUCUGAUGCUACCUUCGCCAUCAUAAAUUUCGCUCCUGCAAACCUUCAGAAACUGAUAAGCUAGCUUACUAGCUCGCACUCAGUAAGAACUGACAACAUUCCGAACUCCCUUAUUAAACAGCUAAGAGAUUCUCCCCCCUGCUUAGCAAAUCCUCUUCAGUCUUUCUCGAGGAUGGCUUUUUUCCUGACUAUUGAAAAACUUCUAUUAUUACUCCAGUAUUUACAUCAGGCUGUCGUUCUGAUGUUCAAAACUAUCGGUGUGUCCAUAAAACACUUUCUCGAUCUAAUUACUCUUCCUCGUAAUGAUUACUUAUCUGCAGUCGUCAUCUAUUUUGAUUUUAGUAAGGGCUUUUACAAAGGGCCACAAAGAAAACUCCUGGUAAACUUAGAAGCUUAGGGGCUUCGCAAUCCCCUUACCGAAUUUUUUGAAUAAUACCUAUCUAAUCAUAAGCAAACGAUUUUACUGGGAUUUUCCUUUUCCAGUGAGAACCCUAUUGUAAGUGGUGUCCUACAAGGUACCGUUUUAGAUCCUCUUUUGUCCUUGCUCUACAUUCGUGGUACCUCGUCUGCAAUUAAACAUUCUCAAUCUUUUAUUUAUGCUCAUAACGUCAAAUGCGUAUAUCCAUUCAAUAAAUCCAUGAAUCAACAUUGCGUGGAGAAAAUUCAUGCUAAUUUGUUUGCUCUAUCAGCGUGGAGCUCAAAAAGUCUAAUGGAAUUCUAUCCAUCAAAAUUUCGCUAUAUCUGUUUUGGACCUGAAAGGCUACCCCAACCAGUGGUCUUUCAAGAAACACAUAUGACUGAAUGUGCCACCAUUAAGGGCUUAGGUUUAGGCCGCUUUAAUAAUCUAGAUCAUCCGCCACACAUCGACAGAAUUAUGUCCAAAGCCGUCCAGAUAUGUGGUUUUAUUUCCCACAAUUUCUAUCUCCCCGAAAUUAGAUUAAGACUUUAUCGAAUGUUUACUCUUCCCAUUCUUGAGUACAUUUCUCCAUUCUUUGGUUUGAUGAAAGAGGUUAGUCAUGCAAAAAUUAAAAAGGCUCAAGGACAUUGUACGAGAAGACUCUUAAGCACGGCACAUGCAAAUAUUUCCCACUCAGGUGGAUGCCAGCUAAUUAAGCUAAGAUUUCUCUGGUUUCGAAAACUGUAAGCAAACUCCUGUCUCCACUUUCGCAUUGAUACUAGUUAAAAUCUUCCUUGGAGAUAAGCCCUUAUCCCUGUUAGUCGCCCAAACGAUCUUGUAAUUCUCCCCUGAUUAUACCUCAUCCCGCUUCUUACACCUCUAAGCGCUCCCUUUUUUCGCCUCCAGGUGUACUUUCCUCUCAAAUAAAAUUCCAAUAGAUAUAAGCUCAUUUGAUAAUCUACAUACAUCUAAGAGAAAGCCGCGUCUUUAUCUUAAUAAUGACUCGAUUAGACUUCUAUUUUCCUCUUCCCGGGUAACUUUAUCUAUGAGGCUGGGAAAUGGCUGACGAGGAUUUCGGACGCGGUGACCAAAUUACAGCAUGUGCGCACACUUUUCCCAUAGGUGACUUCACGUUCAUUGAUGCGCAUCAAAAAUUUCGAUAUUCUCGACUUAAUAGUCUAUGCAUCGCGUCAUUCACAGAACGCGAUGUCCUCCCUGACAUAUCCUCUCAAAGAAGUAACGGGGCCUGAUUGACGUGCACGCUCUAAGCCACCUCCGUUCCGCUAAUUACCGACCCUCAUCAGGAAUCCCCUUUGGCCCCUGCGAUUUUUAGCUCUCACCCCCAAUCGAUUAUUUCCGCGGUCCUCAAUUCCAUCUCCUCAUUUUGACUCCAAACGUCCUGUUGACGAUCACGGCGGAAUUGUCUGUUUGUGUCCUUUGCCUGUAGGUUGGUCGGUCAGCGAAGGAGUCCCAUGAUCGCAUUCUCCCCUCAACGCUAUGUCGACCGCCCUAGCCUUUACUGUCCCCUCCUAGGCUGAACUCUAAGCCGACUGUGACCAAUCGCGUCUGGGUUCCUCUCUUCUCGUUACUUUGAGGCGGAUAGUCUCAUCCGGUCUACGAAUUCUGCCUUGACGGUUUCCGUUGUGGAUCCCGUAUGCAGGCCAGUCCUGUUCGACCCGCAUUGUUACCCUUUCGUGAGCGACAAUUUUUCUCUUCUCAAAAGUGGACUCAUUCAUAUUCAUUUUGUCUAUCCAAUAAAGGGAUUUUUACCCUGCCCCCCGACCGUUUUUUUAAAUAUCUGACUGCUUAUUCUACAAGCAUAAACUGAAUGCUGGAGGUUAGUUGAAAUCCUGGGCACAACGCUCCGUAACAGCUUCAGUGGAGAAUCCGGCUUUUUCGACCUUAAUAUGGCUGCCUGGAAGCUGAAGCACCGGUAUCUAGGAAUUGAUCUUCUCGACUAACAAUGACAUCACAACUGGCAACUACCAAACAUGCAGACUGACACACUCUCAGGUAGCUCAACCUCCAACCAACAAAUAUAGGAUGUUCGGGACCCCAAAGCUGCUGAACACGAAGCUCUAUUCCUUAGAGGGUUUGCUUGGUUUUUUUCUAAUUUUUACUUUUCAUCUGUCUUGGAAUUAAAAACAGGCUCUUAAUCUACCCGCCAGUGGGUAAGCGGGCAUCCAAACCAGAAGCAGUCAAAGUGCAGCCGAAAUGUGGGACUUCAUCGGUAAAAGCGAAUAUGCGAGUUCUGGGAAUUAGUUGAUAAGAAGACGAAGCGAUCGUUGGAAUAAGGACUUAAAUCGUCCGGCGUUUCGGAUUCUCACUUGGACCCAUCAUCAGAGACAGUGGCAGAAAAGGGUGACUCGUGCACAGAAAGUUGCAGUAUUUAUAGGGUGCAGUCGCUAUGUUACUGCAAACCUUUCGUAAAUAACCGCUCUCCCCUUCAUCGACGAUUGUUGUCCGCUGGUCCGCUAACUGCAUGAUGGUCGGCGUGCAAGUUGUUAAUUUCUAAAAUCUCAUCACCCGUGUUGGAUGCUGACAUGAUGAUUGCUCGGCCAUCUGGCUCACCGGCUUGCGCGCUCCCCGAGUGGUCAGUUGCUUUGGCCAGCUGUUGCCUCAGCAUUCAAUAUGGAGUGGGGGUUUCGUUGCACUUGCUGAUGGACUAAGGUCCCGUGAACCAUGACUCAAGCAACUCGCGGUUCACCCGAUUAUCCCUUUCGCGAUGAUUCCGGCCUUAUCGAACUUGAAGGUGUGGGCGGAUCUCAUCGAAUGGGCUGCGACCUGAGAAUUGGUGUCAGUACUCCGCAUAGCUGCCGCGUGUUCGGCAAUUCGUGUCUGGAGCAGUCUUUCAGUUUCUCCGACGUAUUUUCUUUCUUUACAACUGCACCAGACCCGAUAAACGACUCCAGAUGUUUCAUUAACGCAAAUGCGAUGUUGCAUGUGGCGCAGAGAGAGGGAAAGUAAGAAGAAAAGAAUUUUCCCUAUGGUUACAUGCUGAGACGGCAAUUUGCUACAGCUUAUGGGAUAGAAUUGGUAUAUUUAAUCAUUAUUAUAUCAUUAUUAUGCAUCAGGAGAACAUUGUCUGUAAGCCGUUAUAAUAGGGGACGCACUGCGCUCUAAAACCACACAUAUUGGACUAAAUCUGAUAUAGAUCAGCAAAUAAUUGGGGUGCAUAUUUAAGGCUAUUUGUGGAGCAAAAAGCUUAAAAGGACAUGGAAUAUGUAAUGCAGGUGAUGGAUUUGUCCGAAGACAAUAAGCAGCAAUAUUACAGCAAUUAUCAACGCAAAUGUCGACUAUCAAACAAUUAGCACAACAAGUGCAACGAUCCCGGAUGAAGGGGGGGGGGGAGUCGUGAAUGUUCAUAAGUAUGUGGUAGCAUGGCAACUGCAUCCUAUAAAUACUGCAGCCCCUUGUGCGUGAAUCACCCGUAUCUGCUGUUGUCUCUGAUGAUGAAUUCGAGCUGAAAUCCGAAACGUCAGGCUAAUCAAUCUCUUGUCCCAGCAAUCGUGUUUCCUUCUUCAAGACAAUAAUUGCAGUUUGUACAAUAAUAAGCUAACUACGGACCUUUAUCAGAUGGCUUCCAAAGACACCCCAGAUAGUCGCCGACGCGUCAGGAAAGUUCUUUCAGCAGGCUGGAAAAUGGCAGGUCUGCCGCUAGUUAAUGUAAAUAGGAAAUCCGUGUCAGCAGCAGCGCGGGACUUUUUGAGUUUUGGUUGUGUAAUUGGACAAAUUAGGGGAGGAAUAGGGGUGCGCAUACUCACAGGGCCUCACGGGUAACAAGCCAGAGCGUUAGACGCAUGUGAGGUAAGGAAAUGUUGUGAUGUCAGCCGAUAUUCCCUGAAGUUAGACCGGAGGUGUCCCAGUUCUAGUCGGCGGGGGUGGCCGUGUAUCAAGAGCUGUUGCGACUAUCGUUCAACAAAAUAGAGCCGGAGAAAAGGCGGACUGGAGCGAAUACUACAGGCCAGAGUAGAUUCCUGAUGAGGGUCGGUAAUUGGUGGAGCCGGAGGCGGUUUAGAGCGUGCACGUCAACCUGGCCCCGUCACUUCUUCGGGGGAUUGAUCAAGGAGGACAUCUCGUUCUGUGCAGGACACGAUCCAUGGAGUGAAAAAUCAAGAAUAUCAAAAUUUCCGAUGCGAUACUGUGAGCAUAACUUUAUGUUCAUCAGACGCCAGUUGAGUCAACACAGUUUUUCCUGAAGCAAAAAAUAGCAUAUUUAGUGUUUCAGACCUAACAGACCGUUGCUUACUUGUGGGUAAGAAAAUCUUUUACUGGUUGUGUGCGUCAGGAAGCCAUUAAAUCCGCACUGUUUUUGCGCACGAAGGUUUUUUUCCUGACGGUGAUCGCGGCUAUAAAUGACCGAAUGUGAAGAGAAUAUGCUCCGAACUGCGCUCUCACAGUCAAGCCAAGUGACUUUAUGAACUCUGUCCCACAAACCUUUGACAAAGCAUAGGAAGGGUUAAUUACACGAAAUAUUUAGAUAUUUCCUACGGUGUCGAAUUAAAUCUAGGAGUCAAACAGUGCUAUAAAUUCAGCGUGGACCUUCUUCAGCCUAACUUCCACUAUCAACUACAUCCUAUCAAUAGUUCCUUAUAUUCAUCCGAAUCUAUUUUAUCUUAUACGCGUCGCUUGGACUAGCAGUGUUCUACGCGGCCAUGCUCACAAAGUCUAAAGCCGUUGCAUACGGCUACACCGUAAGAAGCCUACGUCCGGUCAACGGGUUGUCGGACCAUGAAACUGGCUACCAAAUGAAAUGGUGACGGCUGACACAAAGACAAAGACCGGCUUCUAAAACAUAAAUGCAUAAAACCAGAUUGAUGGAACACUUUUUACGUGCAAUCUUUUCGAACUGAUCCACGGUUGAUAGAUGCUCUUCAUUAUAAUUACGAUUUUAGUGCGAAUCGACCACAUUCUAAAUUUUCGCAACUUUAUUUUGAGUACAAAUGUUCGAAAUAAUUGUACAUUAAUACGGUCAUCUAGGGCUCUGCCUCUAACCCUUCAAAUGCAUACAUGCAUACAAAUACCCACACAACAGUUUUUCGGCGGGUGUUUUUACAAGCAGAGAGAAACAUUGAGAGGGCUCAUGUCAGGAGACUUCAAGUAGUGCAACAUGGAGGAGAACAAUCUCAAAAUAUUAUAUAAUCCUCAUAUAAUGCCAUAAUCCAUGUACAUUGGUCAUUUCUCUGGAGAAAGCUUAUGACCCCACUUGCUCUGUCGUGGUGGACGCCUGAGCAUCUCAAUCAGCGCAGGCAGGUCUUUACAUUUGAUCCCACGAAAUGGGUAGACGCCCCACACCGAGGUUACUCAAUCUAUAUUCAAAUUUUUAUAUGCUAAGGCUCAAAGUAGUCGUAAAAAUCGAGGGACUCAAAGCAUUAGUUUCAUUAUGAAAUCCCAUGUUUUUGUGCUAACGGAAACUUAGCUUAAAGUGGAAAUCGCGAGCACCAAUAUUUCGGUAUAUGAAUACCAGCUCUUUUUGAAGUGGCCGUCAAAAUAGGCAGCGUGGUCGCAUAAAGACAGAAAUUUCGGCAAUUAUUUGGAAACGCACUCUCUCCAUCAAAUGUGAAUCCGUCUGGGCAAAGAUAAAGUUGAAUGAUUCACAAAGGCUAAGAGUUUGAAUGGUUCGCAGACCACAAAAUUAUCUCAAUGCGGCUGAGGAGUCACUCCUUCAUUCGGUCAAGUAAGUGGCUGGCUACCAAGAGGUUCUAUUGCUGUAGAUCUCAACGCAUCUGUAAUAGACAAUGAGAAUCUGGCAAAUGACGGUGCGCCAACUUCCUUCAGAAUUCCGUAUUGUGGAGGUACUGGACUGCAGCCUGGCCUUCGAUGACUUUUUUGAAUUCUCUACCACGGCCAACCUCCGAGGUCACUCGUUAAAACUGCGAAUCCAGCAGGCGAAUCUGAAUGUGCUGCAGUCAUCCUUCUCUGUCAGGGUUGUCAACACUUGGCAUAACCUCCCCGCAGAUGAUGUGACGUCACAAUCUAUAGAAAGCCUUAAAAAGAACCUGGACAUCUUUAUGUUCUGAAAUGAACAAGAGCGAUGAGAGAUAGGACUGAACUCCCGAGGUUCACGAUGCAUUUAUCAUGCUAUUAUGGACCCACUUGAAUCAUUUAGACCCACGUGAUUUCUCUGCAUGUAGUGCCCAAUUUUACGCUGCAAAUAACGUACUCACAGGCUCACGCCUAUUUCCCUCCAUAAACUGAGCUAAACUGUAGGCUUACGGACCUCACUCCAGACCUCUCUCUGACAUAGCAUGUAAAGGCACCAAGGAAACUUAGGGAGAACCAGAGAGAUAAAUGUUUAAGUCAAGUCUUUUCGCAAGGCUUCUCUAACGUUGACGAACUAUAUUCAAAUGUACCUCUAGGUAAGAGUGACCAUAGUACGCUAUUGCGUGAUUACUCGCUCUACUCCCGAUCCCAGAAGAGAACGGAAGGCCAGCGAAGUAUAUGGAAGGCAGACUUUAGCAUAAUGAACAGCGAAUCGGUGUUUGUGAACUGGAACUCUUUGCUCAUGGGGGAUCCAGAGGACGGCUAGAAAUCAUUUAAGAUGACUUCACCAGGUCAGAUUUGGCGUUGCUGCCCAAUGAAGGUAUAAAAGAGACUAGUUUCCUUGCUUGGUUAGCAAAAGGACUUUACAGGCGGUUAUGAAAGAAAAAUAAAAAUGGAGGAUACCUAGGAAAACUUGUAAGCCAGAACAUCUCAAGGAGUUCCUUACCGACGAAAUUUGGUCAGAAAAUGGAUCCGUCAGUCAAAGAACGAAGCCCAAGAUUUAUACCACUAUAUCAACAGCCGACUAAAAAGCAAGGGCCCAAUCUCAGUUAUUUAGGAUGGUAAUGAUGUAUAAGUCGUUGGAAACUGUGAGAAAGCCAGACAUUUGAGAAGGUUCUUUGAUACAGUAUUGAAUAUUGAAACGGAGUUUCAGGGUCACAGUGUCCGCAGUGCUGUUGUAACUGCAGAUACCUUUUUGAAUUUGUACUCUUCGCGGCAUCUGUCGUGGAACGAGAGCUGCAGAGUCUCAAAGGUGCAAAGUCGUGGGGUAGGGACAAUAUACCCGCAAACUGCUUGAGAGAAUUGGCGAGCGGACUCUCCAAACCACUAGCACAUAACUUACAUUCAUCAUUUGAAUUAGGGAAACUGACACCCGAUACACAAAAAGGGGCUCAAACCAAUGCUAUCAAUUGUCGGCCCGGCAGUCUUAGCUUCAUUUUUGUAAAAUAAUGAAAAUGUAUGUAUAUGUAUGUAUGUAUAUUGAAGGGUUACAGGCAGAGCCCUUGAUGACCCUAUUUAUGUACAGUGCUUUCGCAGAUUCAUACUCAAAAAUAAAAUAAAAUUGCUGGCAUUUAAAAUGUGAUUGGGUCACAGUUCAAUCGUAAUCAUAGGGUAGUGCAUGGGGUCACUGUACAUUAGUGCGGAAUAUUGUAUAUGACAGAUUUUACAAAGCUGGCUGUGCAUAGUCAUGCUGUACAAGCCGAUUUCUGUCGAAAACUAGACGAUCAAGUUUUCUUUUAAACACACAAACUGUGUCAGCCGUCACCAUCUCACUUGGAAGCGAGUUCCACGGUCUGACAACCCGCUGGCUGAACGAAAAUUUUCGUCGGUCUAAACGCGUGCGCUCAUUCCCGACUUUGUAUGCAUGGCCGCGUAGUUGGUUUGUACGGGCGAACUCAAAGAAGUCCUCUGCUCUUAAUGAGCAACCCUGACCGCGAACAAUCCGGAAGGUCCAGAGUAGACUGCAGUUUAUUUGUCUAUAAGAGAGAGGGAAUAGGCCAAGCAAAUUCAGCCUCUCCUGAUAAGACAAAUGCUUUAGACCAUUGCUACUUUUUAAUUUCGCCAGAAAUUACUGCUAAGAGUAGGUCAGUUUGAACCGACGUCUAGAGGCAUAAAUCGAAAUAUGAUGUAUGAAUACUCAGGCCGAUAUUUAUCAGCCACAGCAGGAUAACCGCGCGAUAUGUAAUAACUGCCGACAGAUAGCUAGUAGUAUAUAUUCAUAAUAAUUAUUCUUAUUAUUUUUAUUAAAGACUCGUCGGGGUCCCAUCAAGGCAAGUAAAAAUAAAUUUACAUGCGAAUUUUAGACGAGGUAGGCAAAAUCUGUACAAAGUGCAAUACAUAGUUUUUGAGAUUAGAAGUCCGUCAAGAAAAAUGAUAAGCGAGGGGUGAAAAAAAACUCCACAAGAAAAUUUAAAAAUGAUUGUAUUAAUUUUUCAGGAGAAAAAAACCCUCGAAAAAAAUAGAAACAGAAAAAUGCGGGCAGGACUGGCCUGCAUGUGGCGGUAUAGAAUGGAUUAUAGACGGACAUCGUCAGGGCCCGAAUAAAUGUCAGCUGUAUAUGGCAUUGUAUAACGGAUUUCAUGAAGGGGUAAGUAGGCGGGCCGGUCAGUACUGGCCUGUAUGUGGCCUUGAAUAAGGCAAAUAAGUGGCGAAAUUGAAAACCAGUCUCGAGGCGAUAGGAACCCAGAUGCGGUCGGUUGCAUUCAUCCGAGUCCAUCCGAGGAUGGGGCAAGGGAGAUGCGACCAGACUACUAGUAUAUGACAAAUACAGAAGGUUUCGCCAAAAGCGUCGAUGGAACGCAUUCUUCGAGGGCACGAUGCAUGAACUGAAAAAUUGGAAAAAUUAACAUUUCUGGUGAGGGAUCUUUGGAAGUGAGUCUACUCACAAAGGAAUGAAAUGUGAACAGAUACGGAAAUUUAAUGGCGGCAUACUAAAUUCCCGGUGGCCUUUCCCAGUUUCAUAGAAAAAGUUGUCUGGGAAGGAUGUGGAAAAUAAAAGUCUAAUCAAGUCAGUAUUCAGAUAAAUGCGUAGCCUUCUCUUAAAGUUGUGUAGAUUUUCUGAAGAUCUUAUAUUUAUUUGAAGGUUAUUCCAGGGGAAAGUAUAUCUGGAAGCGAAAAAGGGGACGCUUAGAGGUGGAGGACGCUGGAGGAGGUAUAAUCAAGGACGAGUUGCGAAGAUUCUAUGGGCGACUAUUAGGGGUGAGUGCUGAAAUCCAAGGGAAAAAUGAACUAUGAUUAAUGCGAAAGAGGAGACAGAAACCUGCUUCUAGUCUUCGAGCCCAUAAAAAUUUUAGGUUAAUUAGCUGGCAUCUGUCUGAGUAGGAGAUAUAGAUAGAUAGAUAGAUAGAUAAUUUUUAUUAAAGACCCGUCGGGGUCCCAUCAAAGCAAGUUAAAAUAAAUUUGCAUGCGAGUUUUAGACGAGGUAGGCUGAAUCUUUACAAAAUGCAAUUCAUAGUUUCUGAAUUAGAAGUCCAUUGAGAAACAUGAAGAUUGAGGGGUGAAAAAAAACUCCUCGGAAAAAGUUAAAAAUGAUUGGAUUAAUUUUACAGGAGAAAAAAACCCCUCUUUAAAAAUAAUAACAGAAAAAAAGCGAGCAGGUGGCGGUAUAUAACGGAAUGUUUUCGGUCAUCGUCAGGGUAUCAAUAAAUGUCCGCCUUGAUGGGUACGAAUGUGGGUCAGACAGGACUGGCUUGCAAAUGGCAUUGUAUACGGGAUUCACAAUUGAGAUCGUCUGGGCCGGAUUGGUACGCCGCGUCAAAGAGGCCAGACGAGAGGAACCGAGAUGCGAUCGGCCACAGCACGCUUCGAGCUCAGCCGAGCAGUGAGGAAGGGAGGUACGACCGAACUACUAGAAGACAGUGAAUACGGAGGGUUCCGCCGUGAGCGUCGACAGACCGCAUGAGGUCGGAAUGCGGGAGAUGACAUCAAAAACCGCGAAAAUUGUCGCUAUGGGGGAGGAGUAAUAGCAUUGGAUUUAGAAACCAAUUAAAAACAGGGGUUUCUAAUGAUAUAUUUAAGAGUUACCACUUAAUCUACCACUAAAUCCCAGGAGGACCCUUCUCGAAGUCAAGAAUCUGAGUGUUCGGGAAUGAGACCGUUAACAGUGCCUUUAUGCUUUCCGGUGUAAGAUGGUUGCGUAAUUUCGACUUGAAUACCAGUAACCUAGGCGAUAAUCUAAUUUCAGGCGGAAGAUUAUUCCAAAGGAAGGCAUACUUGGAAGCAAAGAAUAGGGAGCGCUUAGAUGUAGUACAAAGAGGCGGCGGAAUCACCAUGCAGGAGUUCCGCGUGGCAUAAGACCGAUCUCUCGGAGUGAGAGUGUCAAUGAGCGGAAGACUGGAGCUAGAGUUGAUGCGAAAAAGGAAGCAAAGGCCAGCUUCGAGUCUUCUAACCCACAAAAACUUCAUGUUCGCCAGCUGACAUCUCUGAGUAUAAGAAAUACUGGACGAAGCUUGAGAGAACAGUUUCCGAGUGAAAACCCUCUGAACAUUUUCGAUUUUAUUACGGUCGCAGGCGCUCAUUAAACCGAAGAAAGGACAGCAAUAUUCGAGGACUGGAAGAACAAACAUUUGAUAAAGUCUUAGCUUCAUUUCCGGAAGGAAAAAAUUAUGCGAUAUGAAUCCACAUAUCUGCGCGGCUUUGGCAGAGAUUCUAUCUGCAUGAGGUGAUAAAGCAAGUUUAUUUGUAUAACUUAGACCUAGGUCCUUUAUGGUGAGGCAUUCUGAGAGUGGGUUAUUCUGAAAAAUUAUGGGACCAGGAAGUUUGGUAGGACCAAAAGACAUGAAACUACACUUGGAUGAUGAAAACUCCAUCUGCCAUGUCGAACCCCAUCUGCUUAAGCGUAGUAAAUCGGCAUUAAUUUUUUCAACAAAAACAUUUGCGGUGUCCUUAGAGUAUGAGUAAACACACUUGAGGUCAUCGGCAUAAGUAAAAGUUUGCGAAUUUGCGAGUUCAGUCGAAAUAUCAUUGAUGUACAGAAGGAAGAGUAGCGGACCCAGGACCGUGCCUUGAAGUACGCCACUCGUGAUCGAGUGAGGUGUCGAGUAGCUAUUACCGACCAUGACUUUCUGAUAUCGGUUGGACAGAUAGGACCUAAUGAAUUCGAGUAGAGGCGGCCGGAUGCCGAGGGCUUCCAAUUUUACUAAAAGACCUCUAUGGGGUACCUUGUCAAAGGCUUUGCUAAGAUCAAAGUAAAUAACAACCACUGACUGCCGCUCAUUACGAAGAGAAGUGAUUAGAUUAAGAAAAGCCAAGUGGCAUGUUUCGCAGGAUCGUUCAGGUAAAAACCCAUGCUGACUAGAGCUCAGAAGCCGAUUAGCUAGACAGAAGUCAAGAAUUUCAUUGAAAAUAAUCCUUUCAAGAAGUUUUGCUAGAGACGGCGUUUGGAUGUUCCUUAUCUAAAAGUUUUUUAGAAAAACGUCUUUGGAAAUUUUCCAUUUUUAAACGACUAGCUUCCUCCAUCAAACCAAAGAAUGGGCAACAAUACUCGAGAAUGGGAAGUACAAACAUACGAUAGAGCCUUAAUUUAAUUUCAGGAAGAUAGAAAUUGAAAUAGAAAAUUUGGCUGCAAGAUACUAUACCCUCGUUAAGAGCUCCAUCGCGGUCCCAGGCAAGAUCGUUCUUGUAUUUCCAGCUUAUUGUUCUUGACCGAACAGUCGACUCGCGCACUGGACGAGGAUGGUUGGGUCAACAUCCUCAAGACGGCGUCCGACAAAGACUCAUAAAAACUCCUAAUCUACAAAAUAGUUGAUAAUAAAAAAAGAAGAGCGGCCGACACGGAUCGCAGAUUUUCUUACGGAGAGACCGCAAACCGUGUGCGUUGAUACCUCAAAGCCAACUUCUACGCUUAUUCGGAGUGGUGUCAGUCAGUCAGUCAGUGUAUUUGAAGGAAAUAGGCUUACGUCAUUGAACUCCCUAUUUGUACACAAAAAAAUCGAUAAAUAAGCAAAAAUGUGAAGAAAUUACAGCAUUACGUGAAUGCAGACAUUGAUUCACAUAUGUCACUGGUCUCAUGGUUAAAAACUCACAUAGUCCGCUUGUUGCUGCAGCACAUGUCUGUCAAGCCGACAUUUAAAUGUCGCCACAGAUUGAGACAUGUCAACCGUCUCGGGCAGGUUAUUCCACAGUUCCAAGACACGGUUGGAAAAGAGAUAUUUUCUAACAUUCAACCUGUCCUGGGGCACACGUAGCUUGAAGGGAUGUCCCCGGAUUUUAGUUGUUGUGGCGAGUUGGAAAAAGUCAUCGCACCGAAGGGCGCAGUCCAAGCCACGCACGAUAGCAAAAGUUUCUAUCAAGUCUCCGCGCAAGUGCCUAUAACUCAGAGGAUAGAGAUUAAGGUAAGUUAAACGAAUCUCGUUUGGCAGUGCACUUUGACCUCUUACUAAUUUUGAUGCUCGCCUCUGCACCCUUUCAAGCAGAUUGUAAUCCUGAUGCGUCCAUGGUCUCCAGACCUGAAUUGCAUAUUCGAGAUGCGGCCUUACAAACCGAGGACCUCGAAGAAGCAGUCUUCAUCGAAAACUGCGAAUGCCCGCUUGAUGGCAUAUAACGUUGAAGUUGCGGCCUUGGCCGCCUUACAACAUUGUGUAGAAGGCUUUAGGCUGCCUGCAGCCCAGACUUUGAGAUCUUUCUGCGUUUCUGCAUCUCGAAGUAGUAUUCCUGAAAUAGACUGGGUUUCCAAUAGCUAUCUACCCAGAUUCCAGCCCUUUCAAUAUAUUUUCAAUUAUUCUAAUUGGUCCCAACUGGUGCGUUCUCCAACAAGAGAUAAUCACAUUUUAGAUCUAAUCUUUAACAAUGACAUUGCUCCUCUUUCUGUUGCUUUAAAAAAGGAUCUCUUUGACAGUGAGCACGUAUUAAUUCAUUGUUGCCUGCCGCUUGCCUUUUCAAAAAAGACCAGCGUCCUUCGGAUUUACAUGAAUUACGACUGCGUAGAUAACGACUUAAUAAAUAACUAUACUAGAUCUUUGGAUUGGUGUGGCUUCCUCACUUGUAGCGAUGCAACCAUUCUUCGUGAUAUCAUGUCCAAUGUUUCCAAGGACAUUCUAGAGUUUGUGCCGCGUAGAUAUCUCAAACCUAAUUCUUAAGAUUCCCUUGUUCCUCAUUGCCUUCACAACAGACUAAAAAACUUGAGGCGACAGCUGCGUGGCCCAUCCACUAGUUCCUUAUCUGUUCAUCUUAGAAUCACAGAGAUAUUUGAGAUGGCCUCAAGGAUGCGCCAAGCGCGCGACAGGCAAAGAGAAUCAAUUGCUCUCAGUGGUUCGAACCCUGGCAAAUCCGUUGUUAACAUCUUCCGUCAUCGGUCCUCCUCUAAGCGUGGUCACGAACUUCCGCCGCUGCUAAAUGAUAACAAAGUCUUCCUCACCGAUGACACUGACAAUGCGGAGUUGUUUAGUGAUUUCUUUGCAAAACACCUUGCUACCGAGUCCGAUCCGGUCCCUUUCUUUCCAUCACUUUCAGAUAGGACACUUAGUACAAUUGAUGUCUCCUCAGAUCUAAUUAAGAAGCACAUAAGCCGUUUGAAAUACUCACACUGCUCAGGAACGGACGGGAUUCCGAAUUCGAUUAUUAAGCAAGCGUCCGACCUUCCCAUAUUGCCUAGUCAUUUAUUCUCUGUUUAUAUUUCAAAAGGAUUCUUUCCUGAAACCUGGAAAACGUCAAUUAUCAUUCCCGUUUUCAAGUCAGGAUCUCGGUCCGAUGUUAAUAACUAUCGGGGCGUGCACAAAACUCCGUCUCUAGCAAAGCUUCUUGAAAGGAUUAUUUUCAAUUAAAUUCUUGACUUCUGUCUAGCUAAUCGGCUUCUGAGCUCUAGUCAGCAUGGGUUUUUACCUGAACGAUCCUGCGAAACAUGUCACUUGGCUUUUCUUAAUCCAAUCACUUCUCUUCGUAAUGAGCGGCAGUCAGUGGUAGUUAUUUACUUUGAUCUUAGCAAAGCCUUUGACAAGGUGCCCCAUAGAGGUCUUUUAGUAAAAUUGGAAGCUCUCGGCAUCCGUCCGCCUCUAAUCGACUUCAUCAGGUCCUAUCUGUCCAAUCGAUAUCAGAAAGUCAUUGUCGGUAAUAGCUACUCGACACCUCACUCGAUCACGAGUGGCGUACUUCAAGGCAGGGUUCUGGGUCCGCUACUCUUCCUUCUGUACAUAAAUGAUAUUUCGACUGAACUCGAAAAUUCGAUAACUUUUACUUAUGCCGAUGACCUCAAGUGUGUUUACUCAAAAUCUAAAGACACGGCAAACGUUUUUUGUUGAAAAAUUAAUGCCGAUUUACUACGCUUGAGCAGAUGGGGUUCGACAUGGCAGAGGGAGUUUUCAUCAUGCAGGUGUAUUUUCAUGUCUUUUGGUCCUGCCAAACUUCCUGGUCCCAUAAUUUUUCAGAAUAACCCACUCUCAGAAUGCCUUACCAUAAAGGACCUAGGUCUACGUUAUACAAAUAAGCUUGCUUUAUCACCUCAUGCAGAUAGAAUCUCUGCCAAAGCCACGCAGAUAUAUGGAUUCACAUCGCAUAAUUUUUUCCGUCCGGAAAUGAAGCUAAGACUUUAUCAAAUGUUUGUUUCUCCAGUCCCCGAAUACUGCUGUCCUUUCUUCGGUUUAAUGAACGCCUGCGACCGUAAUAAAAUCGAAAAUGUUCAGAGGGUUUUCACUCGGAAACUGUUCUCUCAAGCUUCGUCCAGUAUUUCUUAUACUCAGAGAUGUCAGCUGGCGAACCUGAAGUUUUUGUAGGUUAGAAGACUCGAGGCUGGUGUUUGCUUCCUUUUUCGCAUCAACUCUAGCUCCAGUCUUCCGCUCAUUGACACUCUCACUCCGAGAGAUCGGUCUUAUGCCACGCGCAACUCCUGCAUGGUGAUACCGCCGCCUCUUUGUACUACAUCUAAGCGCUCCCUCUUCUUUGCUUCCAAAUAUGCCUUCCUUUGGAAUAAUCUUCCGCCUGAAAUUAGAUUAUCGCCUAAGUUACUAGUAUUCAAGUCGAAAUUACGCAAACAUCUUACACCGGAAAGCAUAAAGGCACUGUUAACGGUCUCAUUCCCGAACACUCAGGUUCUUGACUUCGAGAAGGGUCCUCCUGGGAUUUAGUGGUAGAUUAAGUGGUAACUCUUAAAUAUAUCAUGAGAAACCCCUGUUUUAUAUUAGUUUCUGAAUCCACUGCUAUCACUCCUCCCUCAUAGCGACAAUUUUCGCGGUUUUUGAUAUCAUCUUCCGCAUUCCGACCUCAUGCGGUCUGUCGACGCUCACGGCGGUACCCUUAGUGUUCACCGUCGCUCGGCUGAGCUCGAAGCGUGCUGUGGCCGAUCGCAUCUCGGUUCCUCUCGUCUGGCCUCAUUGACGCUAAUAGUCUCAUGCGACGUAUCAAUCCGGCUCAGACGAUGUCAGUUCUGAAUCCCGUAUACGAUACCUCAUGCAGGCCAGUCCUGUCUGACCCGCAUGCCUACCCCUCAAGGCUGAGAUGUAUUGCUACCCUGACGAUGACCGACAACAUUCCGUUAUAUACUGCCACCUACAGGCCAGUCCUGCUCGCUUUUUUCUGUCAUUGUUUUUACUGUGGGGUUUUUUUUCUCCUGUAAAAUUAAUCCAAUAAUUUUUGACUUUUUGUACGGUUUUUUUCACCCCUCACUAAUGCAUUUUGUAAAGAUUCCGCCUACCUUGUCUAAAAUUCAAAUGUAAAUUUAUUUUAACUUGCUUUGAUGGGACCCCGACGGGUCUUUAAUAAAAAAUUAUCCUAUCCUCCCCUAUCCAUUUGAGAAGUUUGCCGCCGAUACCCAUUAUUCUCAACUUGUGCAGGAGAAGCUGGUGCGGAACACUGUCGAACGCCUUCCGGAAAUCAACAUAGGCCACGUGCACAAUGUGUUUUGCGUCCAAUGCACUUGUCCAACUUUGAAUUGUAUAUAGCAAGUUCGUUACACAUGAUCUUCCCCUACGGAAACCAUAUUGUGCAUUGGAUAAGAGGUUGUGGCUCUCCAGAUAAGCCAUCACCUCCUUUUUGAUGGUUUUCUCCAUCACUUUGCAGCAGAUUGAUAUCAGACUGACGGGUCUGUAGUUCGUUGCAAGAGCACGAAUACCGCUUUUGUAAAGGGGUGUAAUGUGGGCCGUCUUCCAUUCUGUGGGAAGGAUUCCAGCAUCGAACGAUUCCCGUCACAGAAAGGAUAGUGGCUUGGCCAGCUCUCAGGCCAAACGUAGAGCCGUUCUCUCUCUGAGACUACAUCAGCGACUGUGUUGACGACCUGAGUUGUAGCGUCCUCCUGGUUGCUGACGAUAUUAGUCUGUGGAAAGCCAUCAGGUCAAACGCAGACAGGCAUGCAUUUAAAGUCUCAAAUCGACUCAGCAUCUGACCAGCUCGUUGGUCCCUAGCUUCUAAUGUUGUGGUCAUGAGACUCCGUACAAGAAGGAUUAUUGACGAGGAUAAUCCCUUAUGAUACCUCUAUGAUGGACAGCCUUUUUAAAAUGUUGAGUGAGAGAAAGACCCCGGCGUUCUAAUAAUAUCCUCAUUCAAACCAUCUUCAAAGAAUCUAAAGGUAGCCAAACGCGCGAUACGGUUUUUAUUCCCGCUGAUGCGGGAAUAUGUGCAGAUCGAUAAGGAGCUGUUCGGAGUAACCUACGGGACAUUCGCUCGAUCUCACUUAGAGUAUGCCGCCCGGGCCCGGCAAUUUCGGUUCGAAAAGGAUUCUCAACAGCUGAAAAGAGUACAGGUGAGGGCUAUAAAGAUCGUAGCGAAUCAUUAUCAUCUGCCUUACGGAGCCAAGUACAAUAACGGGCAACCGAGAGGCGAACUCACUUAAACCUACCAAAUUGUCAGUGGUCGUGAGUGUGGCCUAGACUUUGACGUCUUCUUCGAAUUAGCUAGGACGAACCGCCUGCAUCAUUAUCCUUUCAAACUGCAGAAGAGGUUAGUCCUCACGGACGUUCGACUGAGCGUUUCCCCGCAGAGGGUUGACGCAGCAUGAAACAGACACCCUGACGCGGUGGUUCUCCUGGAAACUGUUGAAACAUUUAAAUACAAACUUGGCAUUCAUGUGCUGAGAAACUACUGUGCGUAUAAUCACGAUUGUCAGUGGCGACAACUUAAGCCUGACCUAUACAUACCGAUGGCUUUUCACUUCUUAGGGUUGCUGGUCUAAAGAUUGAUCAUAUUUAUGUUUUGGGUAAUUAAUAUAGGGCUCCAAGGCCACGUUUUUUCUUCCGUGCCUAUUUCUGUUCAAAGUGAAUGUGUGCAAAAUCGUAACUAUAUCUAGUGGCCAUUUGACUAAACAACAAAAACUUCCCCGUUGACAGGAAGUUGCAGUUAUGCACUUCUACAGACAUUUAAAAAUCCUUUCCUACUAUACCGGCGUAACAUAAGCCUUAGUGGUUUAAACACAGAGCAUAAUUUGAUCAUAUUCGCUAACUGUGGCGAUUGGCUAAAUAACGAUCUCGCGGUAUGAGCAAACCGCAACGAUUGUUUUGUAAUACUAACUGUGCGUCACGAGCGUGUGCAUCUUUACGUUUGGUCUUAUCGCUGUAGGGGCUUGACGCUCCCUGGAAUUAUGAGUGCAUGCGCAGAUAUCCUAAAAUUUUGCAUCCUCGGUCUGAUAUUAAGAUUUGUCUGCCAGGAGUAUUGUCCAGAUGAUUUUCUUGCCAGUAUUGCACAUGCUGCCACAGAGGACUGGGAAAGAGGUAACGGGCGCGCUUCUUUUACAACGUUCUCUAUAGUAAAGGAGGAGAUGUUUUUAUUUCGUAACCCCAACGUCACAGAAGCUUCCAUGGCUCUAAAAGAAGUAAAUCGAAUUCUUUAUAUGCUCCUUUUUUAGCCGCCACUAUUUCUUUUUUUGUUGAAAGCCUUCAAUUCGGUGCUUUGUGAUCGUCUCAUGUUUUGGGUAGGUCAACGUCUGGUGCUCGGACACUUCUAGAUCCUGGAACUGUUGGGUUUUUUCUCCUUCAUCGUAUAUGACAUGUCAAUGAAAAGACAUUCGGUCGACAGUUUAAAUGUCUCUUGGUUACCAGCUGCAAUUUUCGUGUAAGCACUGUCCCGUUUUCCUCCUCAGCAAGUGGUGUCUAGAAGGGUCUUUACUUCCUGAACUAGAUAGCGUACUAUUUGUCUUGCUCUUUAAAGUACGGCGAUUCUUUCGGUGUUGCGUCAGAGCCUGAUAAACAGUACCGUCCAUAGGCUAUGUGUUAUUGGCAGACUAAAGAGACGGGAACGGCUGUUUUUGAUUUUGGUGCGAUUUGCAUACUCAGUUCUGCAUGCUGGGAACGCUCAGCUCUGUAUUCUUGUUUCAAAUCAAAAUAAGGAUCUUCAAUUCUGUCGUACAGUAGGAUGGCUUAGACUUCGUGAUGCCUCUUAAAUGUCUUUGGAGUUACCGGCGCAAACCUAAUAUUGCAUGUACUAACAGGUGCUUUCUUCACAGAAAUCGUUUUUAUUUGCAAGUGCUUGGCUACAUAAGAAGCAUCUGCGCCCUGUUUUUGGUCCUCAAAGGCUUAAAUAACCCAUCUCAAUCUCAACUUGUCUCACAGUCAAGUUCCUUUUUGCAUCCAUUAUCUAUGUCAAGUAAUAUUUACCAAAUCCUUGUCAGUAGUUCGCUUGCCGUAUAAUCGUCUUGUCUUGAUCUGUCUUACCCUUAAUUUUUCAUAGAUACUGCUUCAAUCCAUAUACCAUCUUCACAUUCGCGAGUCAAUCUGUCGGAAUAUUUUCUACACUUACGGUUGUUUGGACGUUCAUUGGCAUGGCUUCAGGUGAUAUUUAAUGUCCUUAUUUUGGUAUUGGACCUUUUUUGCUCAGCUCCACAUUAACGAAACCCAGGUUAUCGUAUGUUGUCUGCUAUGAAUUUUAUCUUCUUCCAUGAAUGAAACACUUAUUAACGACUUAUAUUCCAAUUCUAAUGGUCUAGCUCUUAAAUGUAGAAUUUGAACCGUAGUCCAUUUGAUUUUUGCGCUUAACAGUCUACUUGUUAAACCGUGAGCCAACGUUCUGUCCGUUUUGAGGGUUCUAGACCGGAGUUCCCAAAAGGCCUUUAGUUCGUCCUGAAAAAACCGACUCGGUGCACCGUACUUCCUUGCGAUAAAUUUGGGUAGUAUCUAGAUAUGUGCUGACCAUGAGAAGAAAUUUGUUCCGUUGUUCUCUGUUGUGAUCUAACAUUAUUAGCCUUUGUGUCCUUUUCAUUACUUUCCGCCUAUACUUCCAUACUUUGGAAGUGUCAAGUCAUUGCUACUGCCCUCAACGUCCAGAAAUACCGUCUUGUGCAUACCGUUUGUCAGUUUGUCGAUCUUUCCUUUCAGACCACACGACUUUGGCAAGUGUUAUGUGCGCCAUUGGCUGCUAUAUAAAUAUCUACUCAGGCUACUUACUGUUCGCCAUCGUUGCGCAGGUCCGCCAGGUGAGUUCGAGCAUUGAAAGUUAAGAGUUGACGUGAAGUUGGUGCAUAUUAUGGCUUUUUAUGUCUUAGUGUUCGUUCCUAUGACAUAUAUUCACGAUAGUCAUAUCUACGUCCCCAUUCAGCAGACUUCAGGUCUCUCAGUUUUCUAAGACUGUUACACGACCACCUAAGUAAUAGGGAAGUUUUGUUAACAUAUACUUCUAGUUCCCUAUUACCGUGCUUGAGUAAUAUAAAGUUUUCCAGCGACCUGGCACUCGCAUGCAACACAAAUGUAGAUGUGAUCUUUUCGAACUGAUCUGCUUGGCCUCCAUAUUUGAGCAUCGCUAACGACAAGUAUAUACAUUUAUAUUUUUGUUACUCGAUGACCGCCUCCUUCUCCACCGAUUGCUGACUGGGAACCAUCUUACUAUGAUCAGGCCCGGAAAAUUAGGACAUCCUAACUUGUCGACUUCAAAUAUCACACGUCACAUUUAUACUGGCAAUUAUCUCUCCCUGAAGCCCUGCUCGGUAGGGACCUCGUGUCAACGUUUGCGGUCUCCCCCAAUUCGCUUGUGAGACUUGAAUGAACUGCCUAGACCUUCGAUGACUUUUAUAAAUAAUACUCAUACGCUGAUUUACAGAGCCAAACGAAGGUAUGGAGUUGCUUACCUUUUGGAGUUGAAUUCAAAUCUGACUGUCUGGUCGCUAGUAGCGUUGGCUCAAAUAAGUAACGCCCAACUGUGGUGCUUAAUUUCGACCGAUGAAAAGAGCGAUGUCAUUGUCUGAAAGUAGCCCAUCUAGACGUAGCCUUUGUUCGUUUGAGACUAAUGUGCAAAUUACACCCGUAUCGAAAUUUUCACACGCUAUUCAUUUUGUGACCAACAGCCACUUUCUGCCACCACAUCGGUCGCUUCUGCUAUCACGGCUUGAAACCUACUUGCCGUUUCAGUGUUGCUACUAUUUCGAAUGGAGCAUACUUACUUAGUUGACAGUUUGACUCCCUGAUUUGAAGGCGGACCAUCCCAUCAUUCACUAGCACGUAUUUCCCAUCUCCCUCUUUGGUAUCGUUGAUUUGGCACCCUUUUGUGUCAUGUAUUUCCCUUGGUUAGUAAGCCUUCUGAUCGGUUGCUUAUUUUUGACAGAUGCCUUGUCCUGCUUCACCCCGUAAAACUACCUUGUCUCCACAUCAGCGAUGAUGUCCUGGUGUAACCACUCAGCUAAUGGGAUAUUCUUAGAUGACUAUGUUUGUGAGGUCGUCAGUGCGAUAUACCUUGUUGAGCUCAUGUUUGUAAAAGCACUUAGUUCAGUAUUACUUCGCAUAUUUUGUUCGGAAAGCUGUGCACUCUUUACAAAAUGUCAAAAUGAAUAUAUUGCUACAUUGCCUUCAGUUUAAUAAAUCACGCGUUCAUUUGGUGUAACAGGGCUCUCUCGCUCGUUCGAGUGGUGUUCUUCAAGUAAAUGUACAUUCGGUUUGUUUUUAAGUACCGCUGUCGUGUUUGCCUCUACUACGUUCACGGGCAGUUCACUCCAGUGACCGACGACUUCUAUGCUUUCUUUUAAUCGACUAAUACGGAGGUCAUUUUCAAUUCACAAUGCUCUUUCUGUGGUUUCCCUUUUAGACGCCUACUCGGGUAGUCAAGUCGGUUCUGGCGUUUGCUCUGUGCCUUGGUGGUCUGCUACUCGCAUCUGCACACCUUGAUGGUGGAGAUUGGGGCUUCCUACGCUACACUUACCUUUCCAAGUUAGUUCCACCCCUAGCCGGUUGAUUGGUUGUCACCUCAUAGCAUUCUAACGAGCUCCAAACUUUUGCCCAUUAAGUAUCUUCGCCGUGAAUACUACGCCCAACAUGGGCCUCUUCUGGUAUAUGUACGUGGAGAUGUUCGACCACUUCAACACCUUCUUCGUGUGGACUAUGCAGCUACUCAUCUUUGGCACUUGUUUGGCCGCCACUCUGCGCUUCUAGUAAGCAGACCACCUAAGUCAUAUUCCUGAUAUUUCAUAAAAUUGCCCUCGUCCUCCUAACCAUAAUUGUAAAAUCACUUUCCGCGACAUCUAGGCUUUUCAAGCAUGACAUUAGACUGAAUGAUAUUACCGACAAAGACGAAGGAGACGGGAAUGGCCAUUUCUGGCUUAUUAGCCGUCGUCAGCCAGUCAUACCCAAUCCCGAAGUGUGGAACACCCGAGGUUCGGUAAUAUCAUUCUGCCUAUAUCAUGCGCCGCUGUGCGGCUGCUGGUUGGGCUCGAGAGAGAGAGAGUGUAUAAGGCACAACGGGACGAGUGAGUUCCGUAAGAACGAUCGGUGAGCGCCCCCUACCAUUGGCAUUAGACACUAAUCUGCGAAAGACACCACAGCGCGGGAUAACAGACUUCACAUGCACAUUUCUCGUAAAGGCUGUUCCUUAAAUAACGAUAGUUUUUUAAUUGUCCAUAACUUCUAGUCACCAGGACGUUUUCUGAAGUAGACUUUAAUCCGAAUAGCAUGUCCUGAUAGCCGGAGCGUGAUCUUCAAGCAAGACAGCGACGAUAGCGCACAGACAACACAAUCGACGUGAAUUCAAAGAUACCACAAAAAAUAGGAGGUUGGAUGGCCGAUAGAGUUAUUAAUAAUGGAAACGUCAUAUAACAGUUGCUUCAGUCGCACUUGUGGUGGUGGCGGCGCGGCUAGCUGGCCUCCCAAUCUUCAUGAUACCGUCUUAACAUAGGAGACUGGAAAGUGGGGAGUGAGUAGGGAUGAUUCUGCGCAAGUCAUUUCUUCAAAGACACUGGCGGCCCCGUCGGAGUCGCCGGACAAACUGCCGACCGUCGUUGAUCUGAGAUCAAGACUGCUGCGCAUGUUUUUACAACCAAGCAUCCAUCUGCCGUCGCCUUACGCAGUUUCCUGAAUGACCGGCCUGUUUUUAGGGUCUUGAGGGAAUAAUCUAGCUCUGAUUUGUUUGUUUCCUAGACUCUGUUCUUUCGUGCAUACAAAAGAGACCUCUUCUGUCAUCCUCUCCUCUCCUAGUGAGGAUCCUCUGUUUUUGGCGGUGAUUUUAACCAUGUCAACGGGAAUUCUGAAGCCCUACAAUAGCAUAGCUGACCUAGGAUGCUCACUGGCCCUUGCUGCGCACUGGCGCCAUCUGACCCCCUGUAAGUAUUUGCCUUUGUGUAAGUGUAUUGACUGCUUUUUGCGUAAAAUUCCUGAAACGGUGGCUGUUUACGUUUUUUUUUAUCGCCUAGGCCGCUUUUGUUUGCAUGACCACCUUGCGGUAGCCGGUAGGUAGUCGUCCCUCCGUCAUCCCUACCACCGGAUUGGCUGCUUUUUAGUUGUACUUACUUGUACUUGACGCGACUGUGGUCAUGCCUGAUCUGGCCGGCUUCGAUGAGGUCACUCAUUGUAACUCUCCACGUUUGGCCAUCUGCGACAGCGGAUCUGGAAAGCUCGACCCAUUCUCUACUCCGAAUACCGAAGGUUCAAGAACCACGUCCAUGUCUUGACGAAGUGUGUCGAGCCAGGUCUUGAGUUGACCUUCCCUUUAACGCCUCCAGGUGGGCAACGGCGCCGGAUCAAGAGACAGACUACCAAAGACGCCCUAAAACCACCUCAGUGGUCUUUCUUGGGUGACCUGUUGCACCCAGCGAGCGUGGACUGUCAUUAGAAACCAUGUCAAUGUACUUCACCCAGUGGAUGGUUCACAGUCAACUUUGGUCCAAUGCCUCCACCUCAUCACAUUCACAACCCUGCACGAGGACCUAUCGAAGGGACACCCAGUACAUGCAGCUCUUUGUGGCGAUGAAGAUGUCGUGUCGGAUUCGUAGGCACCUACUGAGGAUAAUGAAAAUCCCGCAAGCAACAUCGACUCGGAAGACAGUGUCGUCUGUCCUUUUGGCAGCAGUCUCAUCCAGGCGCAUUUUAAGCUGUCCACUUCUUCAAGCUGACAGCCAUUUAUCACGAGGGGUGCCUUCUCCUUAUGGAUGGACCGACCAAAGUAGCAACUUUAUUCGUCCGCGGCACCAAGUACUGUAGAUCGCCAGAGCUGGAGACGAGCAAGUCGAUAUCGUCGGCAUCCAGGUGGAGAGUCAACAUCUUGUAGGGUCCUUCCGAGAAUACAGCUAAUGACGAAGUGAAACGAAUGGACAACAGAAUGCGACCCCCUAUCAACACCAGACCAGAUAUCGAACUGCCGAGGCAGAUUGUUGUGUUGCCUUUUUUCACGUCUGUACAGGAGUAGGCGAAUAAGUCGCACAAAAGUAAGUGCCCCUCCCUCCCAGAUCGUAUUAUCUGAGGCAGAAGGGUCUACGCAGAGGCCCACAUCAACCCGUGCGGACAACUCGGGAGGCUUGAGUACGACCGCCAGUUCUUUUCAACUUUCCCAUUAGUGACCGCGAUCUGUCCCGCGCACGGUGUACCAAGAUUUCACACAAACAACAAAAGAGGGGAGGGUGUACUGCCACACCCCCUGGUCUACAACAUACACUGAUCAGGAUUUUAUACAAGAAAAUACCGGGGGGCCUCUCGGAUCCCCCUCGGUGGGAGUGCCAUAGAGGUCACACUAAGAAGGAGUCGUCGCAGCCUGACUCUCAACCCAUCAGUCCGCCACUCCACACACGAGACUGGCCGCGAGGACAGAUUUGUCUCCUCAUUUGGCUGCCCUCCAAGCCAUCACUUCUAGCGCCCUGUGAUAGAAUCCAAGCCUGGCAGACUUAUCGUAGUGACGAAUGCGUUGCAGUGUCGUGGGAAUGAAGUUUCUAGCGCAGGUGCCUGCUUUAAGCCCACACACCUGUUUCCGCAGCUCCAUGACGCUACUGCAAGGAGUUGGACUGCUCUGACUCUCACGAAAAGGAGUACUGAUGACUGCCCUGGACCUCUUCCUUAAGAAGUGUGAUUUCGUCUACACAAACAUUAAAAAUACAAUCUCCUGAGUGGUUGAAAGGAAUCCCAGCAAAAAGCCAGCUUGCUUGAUCUGCUUGGGUAUUGCGUGGCUAUGUUUCAGCCUACCUAGCAUUGCAACUUCGUUAAAAUAGCCUGUGCUGUCCGAAGGCACACGCUUGUGUCUUGAGCAGCCUCCCCGCCCCAUAUCCGGUCUACGGCUUCGCGUUCUUCAUGUGUUACGAGACCCGCACGAGGACCAGUCACAUACCCACCUUAGGGGCAAGCCAUCGACAUGAGUUAUGUGUUUGUUGCCAGUGCGCAUGUGGCACCGGCAGACAAGCUCUCUAACUCUGCCAGCCACUGUGCCCAGACAUCUGAUUGGCUCGGACAGCGGCUGGGCUCUGGCAAUGUGAAUAGAGAGUGCGGUCGACGACUCAGCGCGUUUCCCUCACUAUGAAUGAUCUUACGCGUUUGAAGCUAUUACGGUGUGCUAAAAGCUCUGACUUGGAAGGUUGCCAACCGACGGGUCAACUCGGAUCCCUCUCCCCCCAGUAAGCCCAGUUUGCAUUUGCGUGAAUAGGAGGACUAGUGGACUGAGAGUCAGGCUGCAGUAUUUCCUUCUAAAUGUUGUCCCCAGGGCACUCCCACUCCGCGGGAUCCGAGACGCGUGGCAGCACGCCUAGGGGCGACUCUGGCCGCGCCGGCCUCCUCCGCCUUCUUUCGCCCUCGGUCUUCUUGACUCUGUCUUAAUACAGGGUCCGGGUGGGGGCAGAGGAGAGGUUGCGGUAGAUGCUGUGCAAGCCCACUACCACUAUAAACUAGUUCACGCGAAAGUCACCGUCCCUGCUCUCGCCCUGCUGUGGAGCACAGGGUGGACAUCGUCGAAAUCGACGCGAUGAGUGGCGGCGUCUGUCAGCUCCCACCAGUGCAGAUUUCCACGCGUAUCUAAUUGAGUCCGUGUUUGUUUUUUGUCUGUCACCCUUACCAGACUUUAGGAACCUGCCCUUCACGCUCGGUCUGAUGGGGACGGCACUUAUCCUCUCGCCUCUCUUCUACUUCACUUGGUUACGGACAGCCACGUCGAAUGCGAACUUCUACUUUGCGGCUGCUCUCAUACACAGUCUCGGGCGUGUAAGUCCGUAUUCCUUAUCGGGUCCAUAAGAACUACUUUGCACGCCCCGCCUCCAUCUCCCCUUCCCCUCCCGCCCUCCUCGCCUUUCUUCCAACACUUUUUUGCAACCAAGCCCGAACCGACGAGCGGUCAAUAAUAAUUGAUCUUCUUGACUGUUGUUUAGCAAAUGCGCUGCAGGCAAGCGCUACAAGGAUGCAGACUUAGAACCUCCUGGUGACCGCGAAUACAAACCGUAGUGGCGAUGCGCAUAGUCUCGUCCACCACAGUGCGCUAUCCAAUAUUGCGCAGUUUUACGACUCCUGGGCUUCACUUUAUCACGAAAUUAUGCGUCGAAUGGUCGAAAAAUGCAGCAAAUGGGGACUGCAGUGGUUUUACGCUGACCUGCCUUGCUUGCUUUUACUCGGCACCGGAGGAUCGAUGUUUACUCGAAGUGCAUGGAAUAAUUCUGAAUUUUUCCGGAGGGGGGGAGGGAGGAGAAGGUCAGGGGAACAGUUCCAGACUUGAGCUUAUCAACCCAUAAGAGUAAGAGGCAGGACCUAACGUUUUCGCUCGUAUACGCUCCAGCACGAAAUGACCCCAGGAAGAUGGUGGCUAUGCAACGGCCAUGACUGUAUACCGAUCCGGGAGAUAGGUUACUUAUAAACGUAUUUGAGGCCUCAUGCUUGCAGUAACAGAUGACAGGUGCUGGCACCCAUUCCUUAGGGCCGCACUCGCUGCUAUCUUGCAAAAUGUGAGUUGUUUUGCGUGUUCCGAUGCCUACUGUGUCUGAUGUGAAAGUAUAACGUAUUAUUUUGUCAGUAGCGCUGGCCCCGGGCGUACUGACGUUCCUGAAGUAAACAGAUGGUAGGUCUGACUCUCAAUCGUUAAAUGCCUGCCGGGGGGGGGGCACUCCGCGAGCAGACAUCAUAGGCCGAUGCGUUUCUCAUUCAUCGUAGCUUGGCCAAAAAGGACACCAUAGCAACUGAGGCCUCAUAACCGUCUUUCGGCGAUGGGGGAGCCAAGUAUCUCUUCCGACCGACCGAGUUGCCUGUCCUCAUGCUAAGUGACGCGCACUUCAUACAUGCUGACGUCGCGAUUGACAGCCUCCGGGUCAGUACGCUGAUGCUCUUCAAGGAGAUCAAGACGUUUGCCCCGCACACACAGGUGCCGCUCCUGCCAAUGGGUACCGACAAAAAGCGUCGCAAGCCACUGCGACAUUACCAGGCUUCGCUCGCCGCCAUCCUGUGCAAUCCCGAAGCCUUAAACUGGAAGUCGUUCGUGCUCCAAACUGGCCCCUGCAACCGCGAAUCGUCGAGCCACGACCUCUCCUGCUUUUAGGGCAACCCAUAGGCUGUGCUUUGUGUAUCCUGAUUUGACUCACUGAGAGCAAAUGAGGUCGAGGAGAGCAACUUUCCGUCGAACACUUGUCUGUGCAGUUUGAACUCUGGUCUUCACAUGCGUACAAGCAUUCUGCAGGGUUAAGAGCGAUCUCUCGCAGACAGUACUUAUUGUUGGGUGGCAGCUGGUUGGCCAUUAAAAAAGCCGCCUACGCCCCAUGGAACAGGCGCAGAGGCAGACUUUCACGGCUUCUACUGCGCGCUCCCCCCUCCAAUCGCCUUGCUGCGACGGCCGGUGGUGUGCGCGGACCCGUUUACGCGCGCCACACACGGCCUCGCACGAACGAGAAUGCCACGAAGCCUACAUUAAGGGGGGGGGGGGGCAUGACGGUUUACGUUAAGCCUUUUGUCAUAACAUUUCGAUCACGCUGCGUUAACUCCCAUUUCAGACCCAAAUCCUCUCCCAAUUGACCGCCAGCUACAUGAGGUUUCAGUUCUACCAGAAGUACGGCAACGAACCCCACCUUUCGAACGGCGCCAAAUUGGUUCCCAGAAUGCAGCUUUGA